AUGGGCAACACGGCCAUGUCGCAGCCGUCGGAAGCCCCUCCCGGGUGCUGGUUCACAAAGGUCCAUCCCGAGGGCAGAACGUACCACCCCUGGGUGCCGUGGGUUGACGUGGCCCGCAUGUACGAGGUCUCGAUGGACUGCGACUGCCGGCUGACCAAGCACUGCCCGCCGGGCCCGCCGCCCCUGCCGCCCUCGCUGCUCGAGUUCAUGCCGUCCAACAUCAGCGACGACGUCUACUACCGGUGCGGGGCGCAGCACCACCCGGGCGCCGACCGGACGUGGAACCCGGACUGGGGGGAGCCCUGGCUGGCCUGGUUCCCGUACAAGGGCUUUUCGCGCGUCAAGUACGAGGACCCCGGGUACCGCGAGUACAAGGGCCGCAAGCCGCGGCCGCGCGUCGUGCGCAAGCGGCGCACCGACCCCUCGUACGACUCGCUCUUUGUCGGCAUGGGCCGCCGCGAGGCCGCCGCCCAGAUCUACCGCUGGGCGGCGCCGGACAAGCGGGCCGCCCUGCAUCGCAGGUUCGGCGGGCCCGACGGCGACACGCGGCCCUUCCUGCUCGCCCUGCUGCUCGCCGAGCCCGACAUGCACGCCAGCACGCUCAUCGAGCGCCUGCCGCCGGCGGAGCGCGACGCCGUGCUGCGCUGCAGCAACGUCGCCGUCCGGCUGGGCCUGCGGGCCAUGCGGCGCGAGGCGGAGGCGCUGGCGCUGGCGCGGCGGGCCACGCGCGGCGACGCCGCCGCGAUGCCCGCGUACCUGGCCCGGGUGGCCGGCCGGUACCUGGACUACAUGGCGGGCGGGAAACCCGUCUGGCGGCGCGGCAUCGCCGACGGCAGCCUGGACGACCACAAUGACGGCAACGACGAUGACAGCAACAACAACAGCAGCAGCAGCAACAACAACGACGACGACGACGACGACGCCGCCUGCGCGGCCGUCUACCGCGACGCCGUGGCCGACUUCAAGCGCCCGCAGGAGGACAGGUACGUGGCCGGCAUCUCCGAGAUCCUGUUCUCGCUCGACAAGAUGGCCGCCGACAACGAGCUGCUGGACGCGCUGGCGUCGGCCGGCCCGCGGGUCAACCUGACCAUGACCGGGGAAAACAUGAGGCAGGCGUUUGGGCCGGCGUUUCCCGACGUGGCGGUGGGGCUCGAGUUUUUCACGCUGGCCUUGCACGCCAUUUCCGCGGGGGGUUCCGCGGGGGAUCCCGCGCGGGGGGCUGCUGCCUAG